AUGGCGCCGAAGGCGAAGAAGGAAGCCAUUGUGCCCCCCAAGACAGAGACCAAGUCCAAGGCCUUGAAGGCCAUGAAGGUGGUGUUGAAGGGUGUCCACAGCCACAUACAGAAGAAGAUCCAAACAUCCCCCACCUUUCGGCAACCCAAGACACUAGGACUUCAAAGCCAUCAGAUCAAGCAGGCGGUAAAGAAGCUGUAUGACAUCGACGUGACCAAGGUCAACAAGCUGAUCCGGCCUGAUGGAGAGAAGAAGGCCUAUGUCCGACUUGCUCCAGACUACAAUGCUUUAGAUGUUGUCAACAAAAUUGGAAUCCUUUAA